AAACGGAAGUGGGUGACUGCGAUAGCGAGUUAAAAGGGAGGCGAGUGAACAAAGUUACAUUGAAGGGAGGGGGGGCUAAAGAGGAGGGAAAGUAUUUUGACUACGGUAUUGAAACAAAACCGGACUUAUUUCGCGGGGAAGCGGUCGCCCACUUUUAAGGAUUAACAUUUGCACAGUAUUAUACCCGUAUCGGAAACGACGUGUCGUAUGCAGCCAGUUAGCUUGCUUGCUAGCAAGCUAGCUAAGUUCAUCAGGAGAUUUUAGGACAAAUCCGUAAGCCAAGAUGCCGCUGGCACAGCUGGCGGACCCCUGGCAGAAGAUGGCCUUGGGGAAUGCGGAGAGCGAGGUCUUGGAGGAGUCCAUGGGUGAAGAUGAAACACCAGUGUGCGGCGAUGAAGGCUCAGUGAAAGAGAUCAGCAUCACGCACCAUGUAAAGGAAGGGUCUGAGAAGGCUGAACAGGAGCAGUUUGAUAUCCGCAAGGUCCUGGGACAGGGCUCAUUUGGAAAGGUGUUCCUUGUGAAGAAGAAGACUGGACCAGAUGCUGGGCAGCUCUAUGCUAUGAAGGUGCUGAAGAAGGCAACACUGAAAGUUCGAGACCGGGUUCGGACCAAGAUGGAGCGUGAUAUCCUGGUGGAGGUCAAUCACCCUUUCAUCGUCAAGCUGCAUUAUGCUUUCCAGACUGAAGGGAAACUCUACCUGAUCUUGGACUUCCUGCGGGGAGGAGACCUCUUCACCCGCCUGUCCAAAGAGGUGAUGUUCACAGAGGAGGACGUGAAGUUCUACCUGGCAGAGCUGGCGCUGGCCCUGGACCACCUGCACAGCUUGGGCAUCAUUUACAGAGACCUCAAACCAGAGAACAUUCUUCUGGAUGAACAGGGCCAUAUCAAGCUGACAGACUUUGGGCUGAGCAAGGAAGCCAUCGAUCAUGAAAACAAGGCCUAUUCCUUCUGUGGCACAGUGGAGUACAUGGCACCGGAGGUUGUGAACCGCAGAGGCCACACCCACAGUGCUGAUUGGUGGUCCUAUGGCGUGCUCAUGUUUGAGAUGCUGACAGGAACACUGCCUUUCCAAGGGAAAGACCGAAAGGAGACCAUGACCAUGAUCCUGAAGGCCAAGCUUGGGAUGCCUCAGUUCCUGAGUGGAGAAGCACAGAGUCUCCUACGGAACCUGUUCAAGCGCAACCCUGGCAACAGACUAGGGGCUGGCCCUGAUGGAGUGGAGGAGAUCAAAAGACAUCCGUUCUACUCUACGAUAGACUGGAACAAAUUAUAUAGAAGGGAACUCAGCCCGCCCUUUAAACCUGCAUCUGGCAGACCUGAUGACACAUUCUACUUCGACCCCGAAUUCACGGCGAAAACGCCGAAAGACUCGCCGGGCGUGCCUCCCAGUGCCAACGCCCACCAGCUGUUCAGGGGCUUCAGCUUUGUGGCCAUCACCUCAGAGGAGGAGUGUGAGCAGCCGCUGCAGAGCGCCAACGUCAACAGCAUUGUACAGCAGCUGCACAGGGCUCCCGUGCAGUUCAGUGACGUGUACGACGUUAAGGAGGACAUCGGCGUCGGCUCCUACUCCAUCUGCAAGCGCUGCGUGCAGAAGAGCACCAAUAUGGAGUUUGCUGCAAAGAUCAUCAACAAGGCCAAGAGGGACCCGGCUGAGGAGGUGGAGAUCCUGCUGCGUUACGGGCAGCACCCCAACAUCAUCACGCUGAAGGACGUGUACGACGACGGGCGCUCCGUGUACCUGGUCACGGAGCUGAUGAAGGGCGGGGAGCUGCUGGACAAGAUCCUGCGGCAGAAGUUCUUCUCCGAGAGGGAGGCCAGCGCGGUCCUUCACACCAUCGCAAAGACCGUGGAGUACCUGCAUGUGCAGGGGGUGGUCCACAGGGACCUGAAGCCCAGUAACAUCCUGUAUGUUGACGAGUCGGGGAACCCGGAGUCCAUCAGAAUCUGCGACUUUGGCUUCGCCAAGCAGCUUCGGGCGGAGAACGGCCUCCUGAUGACCCCCUGCUACACCGCCAACUUCGUGGCCCCUGAGGUGUUAAAGAAGCAGGGAUAUGACGCAGCCUGUGACAUCUGGAGCCUGGGAGUGCUGCUGUACACCAUGCUGACAGGGUUCACUCCCUUCGCCAACGGGCCCGACGACACCCCGGAGGAGAUCCUGGCCCGGGUCGGCAGCGGAAAGUUCGCCCUGACGGGCGGCUACUGGAACACCGUCUCGGCCGAGGCCAAGGACCUGGUGUCGAAGAUGCUGCACGUGGACCCUCACCAGAGGCUGACUGCUGCCCAGGUCCUCCGACAUCCCUGGAUCGUCCACAAAGACCAGCUGCCCAAGUAUCAGCUCAACAGGCCAGAUGCUCCCCACUUGGUCAAGGGCGCGAUGGCCGCCACGUACUCCGCCCUGAACCGGAACGUGGCCCCGAUGCUGGACCCCGUGGGCUGCUCCACGCUCGCUCAGCGCAGGGUGAUGAAGAAGCUCACCUCCACCGCCCUGUGACCCCUCCCCCCCCUCCCUUCGCCGCGCGUUGCUGGGACACGCCUCGCUCGCGAGCGCGCCGGCACAGGCCAGGACACGCCCUGGGAGCCGCAGUCAUACCCAACAGGGGCUCCCACCCGGCAUUAGCAGGGGCUUCAACACCAAAUAGGCGCACAGGAAACGGGGGGAAAAAAAACAAAAAAACGAAUUCCCUUCGAACGAGAGAAUCGACAAAAUUUUGCAUGUAUAAUCAUCGCCGUCUCCAAUCAAAGAACAACCUUUAAGGCUCUCUUUUUCAUUGGAAACUUAAUCACUGUAUAUAUUUUUUUAUACUAAUUAGAUACAUUUACUUGCAAGGGUAUGAGUAUAAUGAAUAAAAUAAAGGAUUUCAAUGUAGGCUGGUAUUUAAAGAAAAUAUCUUUAGCUCUAAUUGAUUGUGUUGAUCUUGGGGAUGUGCUGUCUGAUGACGUACCCUUUUGAGAUGCUGCAUGGUGCCUUGUGCCCAUCCACUCCACAAAGGCAAUCUCCUCCUAGUCAGAGACAGACCUCUUCCAGUUAAUGCUGUAACUGUGGGCAAUCAUACUUCAGAAUGGUUGAGGUUUGUUGGAGCUUUCCAAAUGAUGGCUUUAUUAUGCAUUCAAUGACAUAGUUUUCAGGAGCUAGAUAUUUCCCUGAGUCAACAAAUAAUAAAAAAUGUGCCCACAGCACUGAUUUACGGUGGCUGAUGAUGUGAUUCCUGCAACGAGCACAAAUCAUUCCUUCAAAUUGAGCAAGAGAAACUUUUCACACUAUAACUGUGUAAUAUUCUUUCUUGCAUUAGGGCUCAGUUAGGCUCAGCAUUAGUGCUGUUCAUAGACGUUAUCGGCACAGUUGUCUUCCACCAGGGGGCACUGUUGGUCUCUUCAGAUCCUUUGCUGUACAGGGCUCGUCUGGUGUGGUAGUAGUGCGCCUAAACAAAUGCUUUAGGAAAGUGUGACAUCACAUUCUCAGAUCCACUGCCCAUUCCAUUUCCCAUACAUUUUUUCUUUCACCUAUUUUUACAAUUGAAGAAAAAGUGUUGAGUUAUAAAUGCCUCUGUACCACUUUUUAAGCAUUUUGUUUUAUUCCAUUUUAUCUUUAUUUACUCCAUUUUGAACAGCCAGUUGUAUUUCCAGGCCUAUCCCAUUGCUGUGACAUCCUCCACAACCAAGGACGAUGCACAUGUCUUACAAAUGGCAUGCAGCCAUUUCCUGUUUUUCUUUGCUCUGUUAUACACCAGCUGAGCCUGUGUUAUUGCACUGGAGGCCUGCAGCUUGUGCAGCUUCCUCAGACAGACCACAGCGACUGAACUGACCAGAGGAGUGAGCGGAAGAAUACCGUGCCAGCUCGAAGGAUUGGCCUUCCUUGGAAACGGUGCAGUGCUGCUCAGGCCUGUAUGUGGCCUGUAGCUUAGAACUGUACCGACAGCUUCACAUGCUUCAGCUGUGCAAACCAGGAUUGUAGUACCUUUUGAAUCCUCAAUUAGUAUAUAAGCAAUGUGUAGUGUUUCAGCAAAAAAAAAAAAAUCAUGCCAUUACUUUUCUUUUUUCCCCAAUCUCACAUUUUUUUCCACAUUUGUUAAUGGUAACACAUGGGGAGGGGUAUUGUGUGAUAUCAGGGAGCCUACAUGUGGCAAAAUACAUUUUAGCAUUUUAAAAGCACAGAAAGUACAGAAUUUAGUGACCACUAAAUCUGUCAUGGAAUAUAAAAUCUCGGGAGGGAUGAAGAAAUAAUUUUUGAAGAAAUCUUUUCAGAAUCCUUAUAUCUAGCAGCUUGUCCAAGAUAUUGUUAAACCUCAUACAACACCAAACUAGUUGUAGGUAGCUACUCCCAAAGCUUGAAAAUAAUCUGCUUUCAUUAGUCAUUUUGCUAUAUACCCCCUCUCACUGAAUGUAUCCUCCGCUACAGUAAAAAGCACAUUCAUACGGAGGAAGGAAAACCUAAUGGAUUCUAGACGUGUUCGUUUAGUUUGGUUCUGGUUCAGUUUAUAAUCAGACUGCCUGGGAAAAGUGCCGUUGAACUGUAACCAGACAAACCAUGCAGUUGCUGCCUCUUCCUCUCCCAUGAUCCUCUGCUGCUCUUCACUGUGGACUACUGGAUGGGAAAUCCAUGAGAUCAGUCCGAGGUCUCCUGCUGUAUCUGAUUUUCUUCCUCUUUACAAAUUAAAAUAAGGGAUAUAUGGGAGUAUGAGGGAUGUAAUUAAUGCAGGUAAAAAAAUGACCUAUUCAGUGCAGUUUAUAAGAGAUGAUUAAAAGCGCAGAUGUAUUUUUUUAUGUGAAUGGAAUCAGAUUUUCUACUUCCUUGCGCAUGGCUUGUCAGGGUGAUAUGUACGGCCUAGGGUUUGGGAAGAGUUUGGUUUCAUUUUAGUUUGUGUAAUUUUAAGUAUUUGGUGGCAGGGUGAGACUGUUUUCUCAGGUCCUGGAGUUAAAAUGUAAUGUAGAGGUGGGGUAACAUGCACUUAUGCUCUAGUGACCUGUUUAUCUCUCUAUAUCUCUCUAUCUUCAAAUGUUAUGAGCACUGGAAAUGUUUCUGGUUAUGUAUUUAUGAUGUCUAGGCAAGCUCUUUCAGCUAUCUUUUUGUAAUCUUAGUGAAAAAAUUUCUAUAAAUAAAAGAAUGCUAUACAGUA